AUGCUGGAAAUAAACGGAUUGGAGCAUUUGCUUUCCCUCACAAGAGAACAUAGAGUUCUUGUUGUGGCUUUCUAUGCAGAUUGGUGUGGUCCCUGCCAACGGGUAAAGCCCCAGUAUGCAUCGUUAAGCGAAUUAUAUAAUAACGUGGUAUUCUGCCGAUGCAAUAUUGAUCGAAAUAGGGAAUCUGCUAAUCGUUUUGGUGUAGAAGGCGUUCCUACUUUUAUUCUCUGGGCUUUGGGAGAAAUAAAAGCGACUAUCACUGGAGGUCAGAUAGGUGCACUUCAAUCAGCCAUUGAUCAAGUACUCAGAAUAUUACCAGCAACAACAACAACAUCAGCAUCAGCAUCAUCAUCGCAGCAAACAACCAUUGGUGCUGUCCAUAAUAAGUUGGCCCAACAAAUGGGGUCAUUGGCUCAAGCUAUUGCUGCUUCUGGAAGAGGUGGUACAUCAGGAGGAGAAAGUGAGAUAUGUGAAGCUAUCUGUAAUACACUUGAACAAGACUCAGAGAGACGACCAUUUGGUAUCGCAUUACUUCCAUAUUUUGCUUCUCAUGGAUUUAAUGCGGCUGCUGUCAAUACUCUAUUUAAUUACAUUGCUAAAAGGCCUCAACCACGUUGCAGUGAUGGUGAAUAUAUAGUUAACGUAAUAUUAAGCCAUCUUAUUGAAUUUUUUCUUGCAUGUACUAUAAAUAGUACAAAAGAAUUGGAAAUGUUACGUCAAGUAUUAUAUUCUCUUGUAUCUUGCAGCUCUAUUUUACCCAUACUCGUACAAUCACACCUUUUUUAUAAUGAUAUGUUGUACACGGGUGUACAGUUGGAAUGCAGUACUAUUUUAGGAGCCAUGUUGGGUGUCGGUAUAUGCACUCGCAGUAAUCGUGUACCCCCAUUACGUUCACGAUCUAUGGAAUGGGAAAAAAUAACAACUUUAUUUCCUAAAGAUACAGAUCACUCUCAUAAAAUAUCUGAAUUACAAAUCUAUAUGGAGUCCGCUUGUGCUUCAAAUAAACGUAUAGUUCUUGCACUUUUACAAUCUAAAAUAUCUCGAGAACCUACUUUACGAUUUUUUGGUGCAGCAUUAAAAGUUAAUUCUGGUUACAGUAAAACUAUGCACCAAAAUAUUCCUCUCUCUUCUCGAUACUUUAUGGCCCAAAUGAAUGAUGUUCUUCUGGAGGCUGCACUCCCUUUAUUUGGAAGAGGUUAUGAUCCUCGUGUUAUUCCUUCAAGUUAUGUACUUGAGGAUCCUGGAGAUAAUGUAAUAGUGAGUUUUGAUGAAGAUGUGGAACGUAUUACUCACUAUGAUGAGAAUCGUCCUCUUCCAGCCUUUCCAACAUUAAAAGAACCCUUUAAACCUUCUGUACAUUUAUUCUUUUUGGCAGCUCGUUCUAUUAUGCUAAGUACAACUGUAUUGAUUGAAACGCAUGAGAGAGAUGAACGGGAUUCAACACAUCCACAAGUACCUCCUGAGCAACGGGCAGCUUAUUUGGCAGAGAGUUCUCUUAUUAAAGGGCUUAUUGGAUCACAAAGUCUUGGUCGAAAACGAGUUCAAGUACUUAAUGGUAUCGCUGCAUGGCUUGUUUCUAUUAUGAAAGUUUCUCCAGAUGGAAUACUUUUAAAAGAACCACCAGAAGAAUGGCAAUAUUUACCUCAACAACUUGUAGAUGUAGUUAUUCGUGGUGUACAAUUGGCUCCAAUAGAUUGUUUUGAUGUGGAAAAUAUUAUUUCACUUAUGUUGGUACUUAUGGGAAAUACCACAUACUUCCCUAAACCUCACACACAUGCACUCUUUCCAGCAUUCCUCAGUCGUUUAUUACAUGAUGAAGAAGCCAAAAGAGCCUUAACAACACAUCGAUGGUUUACACAACAUAUUGUACGUGCUUGUGUAUUAUGCUAUAUUGCGGUAGAAAAAUCUACAUAUGAAAAGGUUGAGGUACGUUACACUCUUUCGUAUUGUACGAAAUCUUUCCUUGUCUUUGAAUCCUUAUGUCAACCAGUUCGUGAAGAAUUUGAGGUGGAUGGUACUAUUUUGGAACGUUUUUCUCACAUGGUAACUGCAGAUGUGAAUGAAGCAGUUGAUCAGUUAAUUGAAACAUUAACCAAAAUGAAUCAACUUAUAAAAGAAGGUGCGGAUUUGAGUGAAGGGGCCCGAGCACCACGUAGUGAAAGAACAGAAGGUACAACUGGAAAUACUGGAAAUACCCGUAGAAUGGGUAGAAGUAAUAAUAAUAAUAAUAAUAAUAAUAAUAAUAAUAAUAAUAAUAAUAACAACAACAGGAACAAUACUCUCAAUAAUGAAGAAGAAAGUAGUGAGGAUGAGGAUGAUAAUGGGGAUUCUCCAAUGACCUAUCAUCAAUUAGGUCAGGGAUUACGUCAACGUAUUCUUCUUUUUGAGGCCAGUAUGGAUUUAUUUAUUCAACUUUCCAUAAGUUUCUCAAAGGGAGUGGCACAAAAUAUGGUGGCACAACAAAUUGGUCAAAUGUUGGCUCGAAGUCUCGUUAGCUUUGCAGGUGCUGAUAGUAAAAACUUAAAAAUUAAAUUUCCUGAACGUUAUAAUUUCCGACCAAAAGAAAUUUUAGGUCGUUUGGUAGAAUGUCUUGCACAAUUUCGUCGUUUUCACAACUUUUUACGUUGUUUAUGUAAUUGUGGUGUACCAUUGAAAGAUAUUUUGCAAGCUAUGCACACAGUUGCCGAUCGUCGUCUUGUGGAAGAACACCUUGUAUGGAAACUCAAAGAAAUUGCCGCAACUCUUGAAACUAUUUCAGAGAAAAUAAAUGAGGAUGAGGCAUUAUGGGAUGAGGCACCGGAGUAUGCAUUAGAUGCAUUGCUCUCCACACCACUUUUAGACCCUGUGGCCCUUCCAGCCGAUGUGAAGGAUUUAGAUGAUUUGGUCUAUGUGAAUAGAGAUACCAUUCAUCAUGUGCUUCUCUCGGAGAAUAAACACCCUUUCACGAAGGAAUAUUUGGAUGAGAAUAUGGUAAAUGAAUUUAACGCACGGGAAGGUGUUAAACAAGCUCGAGAGAAACUUCAGAGUCGUAUUGCCGCUUGGCUGGAGGAGGCAAAGAAGAAAAAGUAG